AUGCCUCAUCCCAAAAGAGGCUCCGUGGGCUCCCCACCAUCCCACACCCUCUUUCCCUCCACUGCAGCUGUGGAGCUGGCCAACGGGACAGAGGCCUCUGAGUUUGUUCUGAAAGGGUUCUCUGGCUACCCAUCCCUGGAGCGCCUGCUCUUCCCUCUGUGCCUGGCCAUGUACCUGGUGACUCUGCUGGGGAACACGGCCAUCGUAGCGGUGAGUGUGCUGGAUGUCCACCUGCACACACCCAUGUACUUUUUCCUGGGCAACCUCUCCAUCCUGGACAUCUGCUACACGUCCACCUUCGUGCCCCUGAUGCUGGUCCACCUCCUGUCGGCCUGGAAGACCAUCUCCUUUGUUGGCUGCGCAGUCCAGAUGUGUCUGAGCCUAUCCACAGGCUCCACAGAGUGCCUGCUGCUCGCCAUCAUGGCCUACGAUCGCUACCUGGCCAUUUGCCGGCCACUCAGGUACCCGGUGCUCAUGAGCCAGCGGCUCUGCUUGUUGCUGGCAGGAGCCGCCUGGGUCCUCUGUCUCUUCAAGUCCGUGACUGAGACGGUCAUCGCCAUGAGGCUGCCCUUCUGUGGCCACCGCUUGGUCAGUCACUUCACCUGUGAGAUCCUGGCAGUGCUGAAGCUGGCAUGCGGUGACACGUCAAUCAGCGAGGCCCUCCUGCUGGUGGGCGCCAUUCUGCUGCUGCCCGUGCCCCUGGCAUUCAUCUGCCUGUCCUACACGCUUAUCCUGGCCACCAUCCUGAGGGUGCCCUCAGCUGCCGGGCGCCGCAAAGCCUUCUCCACCUGCUCGGCGCACCUGGCUGUGGUGCUGCUUUUCUAUGGCACUGUCAUCUUCAUGUACAUGAAGCCCAAGAGCAAGGAGGCCGGCGUCUCUGAUGAGGUCUUCACAGUCCUCUACGCCGUGGUCACGCCCAUGCUGAACCCUGUCAUCUACAGCCUGAGGAACAAGGAGGUGAAGGAGGCCGCCAGGAAGGUGUGGGGCAGGAGAUGGUCCUCCAAGUGA